CCGUCCCCACAAGGAAGGGUCAGAGAGUGCUCCCUGCCCCCUCAGAAGCAGAUUCCUCCUGUCAGUGGCAACAGGUGGGCAGACACGCCCCUUCCCAGUGCCCACAGGGUGACAGUGCCCCCCUCACAGGACAGUCCCUCCGCUCGCUUUGCGUGUGCUGUGGAAACGCGCCCCUCCCCCAAAACACAGCCAGGGGCGGGCAGGGAGGCAGCAGGUCCCUGCCGGUGGCUCACCCGGCGCCCCACCCGCAGGGCCCCAGGCACAGCUGGCAGGCAGAGAAGGGGGAGGCAGGGGAGCAGGCCUUCCCUCCGGGCUGGGCACAUGGGGCAGCUGCACUCUGACCCACAGGACCACAGAGAUCGUCUGGGUGGGCCGGCGGUCCCCCUAGGAGAGAUGGACCCCAACCCCACUCCCAUCCCGGCUGUCCUGUCACACGAGACCAGCGCUCUGCACAGGACUGACAAGCCUCCCUCACGGCUGGAGGAAGUUCCUCUGGAGGUGCUGAGGCAGAGAGAGUCCAAGUGGCUGGACAUGCUCAACAACUGGGACAAAUGGAUGGCCAAGAAGCACAAAAAGAUCCGUCUGCGGUGCCAGAAGGGCAUCCCACCUUCUCUGCGGGGCCGUGCUUGGCAGUACCUGUCAGGAGGCAAGGUGAAGCUGCAGCAGAACCCUGGAAAGUUUGACGAGCUGGACAUGUCCCCCGGGGACCCCAAGUGGCUGGAUGUGAUUGAGCGUGACCUGCACCGACAGUUCCCUUUCCAUGAGAUGUUUGUGUCCCGGGGGGGCCACGGCCAGCAGGACCUAUUCCGAGUGCUGAAGGCCUACACGCUGUACCGACCUGAGGAGGGCUACUGCCAGGCCCAGGCACCCAUUGCCGCUGUCCUGCUCAUGCACAUGCCUGCCGAGCAAGCCUUCUGGUGCCUGGUGCAGAUCUGUGAGAAGUACCUGCCUGGCUACUACAGUGAGAAACUGGAGGCAAUCCAGCUGGACGGGGAGAUCCUUUUCUCACUGCUGCAGAAGGUGUCGCCUGUGGCCCACAAGCACCUCAGCCGGCAGAAGAUUGAUCCGCUGCUCUACAUGACAGAGUGGUUCAUGUGUGCCUUCGCCCGCACCUUGCCCUGGAGCUCUGUGCUGCGUGUCUGGGACAUGUUCUUCUGCGAAGGAGUCAAGAUCAUCUUCCGGGUGGGGCUGGUGCUGUUGAAGCACGCGCUGGGCUCCCCCGAGAAGCUCAAAGCCUGCCAGGGCCAGUACGAGACUAUUGAGCGGCUGCGGAGCCUCAGCCCCAAGAUCAUGCAGGAGGCCUUCCUGGUCCAGGAGGUGGUAGAGUUGCCAGUGACAGAGCGCCAGAUUGAGCGUGAGCACCUCAUCCAGCUGCGGCGCUGGCAGGAGACCCGGGGUGAGCUGCAGUCCUGCUCCCCACCCAGGCUGCAUGGUGCCAAGGCCAUCCUGGAGGCGGAACCAGGCCCCCGACCCACUCUGCAACCUUCACCAUCCAUCCGCCUGCCCCUGGAUGCCCCCCUCCCUGGCUCUAAGGGCAAGCCCAAGCCAUCCAAGCAGAUCCAGAAGGAGCAGAAGGAGCAGCAGAAGCAGGCAAAGGGGUACCUGGACAAGCCCCCGACCCCAAAUCAAACCAAGAUGGCAUCUGCAGCAGGAGAUGCAUGUCCCCCACAGGAUGUGGCUCCAAAGGACCCAGUCCACCAGGACCCAGCCCCCCAGGACUCAGCUCCCCAGGACUCAGCCCACCACCACUCCCGGGAGAGCCUGACGUCCCAAGAGAGUGAGGAUACCUACUUGUAACCCCGGCAGCUCAGGCCUCCAGAGCGGGGUCUCGGCACACAUACACAGAUCAUAGACUGACACUCCAGGGCCUGCCCACCCUCUGAGGGCCCGGCCACCUGGCCACUGGGUGGCAGAGAGUCUGGCUGGCCCAGCACAGAUUCCGCCUGAGCCUCCUUAUUUAUUUUCUCCAGAGUGGAGCUUGGGCCAGCCUAGCUGGGGCAGGCAGAAGUGAGGGCCCAUGGGUGGCGCCUCACUCAGCCUCCUCUUCCUGGGGGGAUGCUCUCCAGGGCUAGGGCGCUUACAUGAGGGGAGAGCGGGGUGGAGGUUGGGGUAUUUUUUGUGUAAAAUAGAAACAUGGUUUUGUACAGAAAUAAACAGGCUUGUGUAGA